AUGGCCACCGUCGAACAAGUCAAAAAUGUGACGCGCCGCAUGUCUGAGGAGAAGGCAACUAUGCUGGCCAGAGAAGCUGUUGAACUGUCCCGUGCUGGCUACAAAGAUGAAGCGUCCAGGCGUUUGAGAGCCGCUGCUGCUCUUGGCCCAGAAAACAUCGACGUCCAGAGCGCCUUCCUGGCUAUUCACAAUGAGGAGUCUCGAUCGCCAUUGCUCGAUCUCUGCCGGAAGUACGCGCUCUAUCAUGAUGCGAAAUCCGGCCGGGAGGCAAUCAAAUAUCUGCGAAGUGACGAAGCACCAAACGCAGCAAACUCUGCUCUCGAAUGCAUCCAACUUCUCCUCGAGAGUGUAUCAACCACUCUCGACGUUUCUCAAGAUGCCAUUAUCGCUGAGCUGUCAAAUCGAAGUGUGAUUGUAAGGCGGUACCUAGCCAGAGAACUGAAAGCUUCGACAACUGAAUUCUUCGACAACCUCUACGACCGAGGUGACGAUGCUGCGAACUGUCUACGUUCGAUUGUCCUUGAUCAGUCCCUAUGGGAGGAUGAGAGCAGCCGACUUCAUGUUGAGGACGAGCUAUUCCUGCUCUUCUUGGCAAAGCUUAUGGAGAGCGGGCACGACCAUGAUGGCAGAGCACUGAAAGGCAUUGCUUUACUGUUGAUUGCAGACACACAACGGCUGCACACAUUCGUGGACGAAGAUGGAUUCGAUGCACUUCUCUGUUCGCUCGACUAUCGGUUGCCGCCCGAGGUCAGAGGCCAAGCCACGCUCGUCCUAUCAAAGCUGCUCGAGGUAUCUGAGGCUACGGGCCAGCAAUACUUCGCAAAAUUUGUCACAGAUCACGUCGCAAAGGCUAAAGGAGAUGAUCUCAUUCUCGCUUUCUCAGCAGCAGCACAAUUCUUCCCACUCGCUUCUGCUGUCACAGCCCAGCUCUUUCUCACAGAGGGGUUUCUCCCGUCAGUGCUACCACUUUUGGAGCGCAAUAAAACUACCACACACGUCCACGGAACAUUCCUGGCUCUCCUUAACGCGACCUGCAUAGACGCAGGCUGUAGACAGGCCAUCGCUCAGCAUUGCAGUCCAUGGCUCUCCCACAAAGUCAGCAACGGCAUCGACAAACAACCUUCCAUGGCGGCCACUGUAUUAGCAAAAUUGAGAACGUCCGGCACCAAACCCAGUGGUCAAGACCAGAGAGCUGCCAACACGGCGAAUGAUGAUGAUGUUAGUGAACUUGUUGAUCUUUUUACCAAAACCCUGUCCCUUGAAGAAGGAAGAAACGUUUCUGACUCAAUAGAAGGCCUUGCGUACACGUCUCUGAAGCCUGAGGUGAAGGAAAAGCUUGCCAAUGACAGAGCUUUCCUCAAACAUUUACUUCAGGCGUUGGAAGACAACAGCGCGGUUCCCGAAAUCGUGGUAGGAGCGCUGAGUAUCGUCUUCAACCUGACCCACUAUCCGCCGAAUCUGUCAGAGGAGCAGAAGAAGAUUUCGCAAUUGAAAGCAUACGCCAACGCCUCCAAGCCCGGUGACUCUUCGCCUCUCGAAGAUGAAGACCACAUCAGAAAUCGAUGCACAGCGCUGGUCGACGCGAACCUGAUGCCAACUCUGGUCAAAAUCAACCGCACAAAGUCCAACUCGACCUCUCAAUUGACGGACCAAAUCCUUCUCUCGCUGUCUCGAAAUCCGAAAGAUCGCGGCAAGCUCGCUCAACAAGGCGCGGUGAAGUUGUUGAUCCAGCACGCCCAGAAGGCCCUCCAAAAACAGCAAGCAGCAGCCAAGGCUCUUACCGCCUCAACCGAUGGACCAACACCGCCGUCGCCCUCGCCAUCCUCCAGUGUCCCAGCGACAGACGCAUCUCAUGCCCUCGCGCGCCUUCUCAUAUCUUUGAAUCCCGCCCACGUCUUCACGACUUCGACGCCACACAUCACGGACGCGGUCCCAGCGCUCGUAUCUCUCCUACACAACGCCUCCGCCAAUGCCUCACCGCUCGCGGCCUCAUCCGACAACCAGUCUCAAGACCGUCUGCCAACAUUCGAGUCACUCCUCGCUCUGACCAAUCUCGCAUCCCAUCCUUCGGGACAAGCCGCCGAAAUCAUCGUUCGCCUCGCCUUUCCGCAGAUCGAAGACCUGCUCCUGCAUGAUCAUUACCACCUUCGACGAGCUGCCGUCGAGCUUCUGUGUAACCUCUGUGUCUGUGACGUCGGAGCAGGGAAGUUUGGGGACGGGAGCGCACGGGCAAAGGGACGGCUAAGGGUGCUACUGGCACUAGGGGAUGUCGACGACAUACCAACCAGGCAGGCCGCAGGUGGUGCUCUGGCUGUGCUAAGUGAGCGCGAAGCAGUUGCGAAAGGGAUUCUUGCUGCCAGGGGUGGCAGCGGCCGGAAUGCGGACGCUUCGGAAAAGGAAGAAGCAUGGGGUGUGCAAAGAGUGCUGGGCUUGAUUGCGGACGAAGAGGAUCAAGGAGUCGUCGUCAGAGGCUUGGUGGUUUUGGGAAAUCUGUGUGAAGCCGAUGGUGGGCUGGACAUUGUGAAGGGGCAGAACGCUGCCGAGGUGGUGAAAGCUGCGCUGAAGAAGACAAGAGAUGAGCAGGUGCUUGAAGUCGGUGUCCAGGUAUUGAAGCGCUUGAUGGGAGCCACUUGA